AAGCGGUCACUCUGACGCUGUUUAUAAAAAAUUUUUAACGUUUCGGUCGCAAAUCGGCGCGCGGAUAACUAACGAAAAGUAGUGGCUAGUGCAAAUCGGGACGGAACGAAAUGCGGCAUCAUAUAGUUAACUAAGUUAUCAAUUAGCGUGUGAAAUCAAGCAGUGAGGCGCCACGACGAUCUUAAUUCAGGAAAAGCUAGCCUCCCGGAGCGCCGAUACAAUAGAGUUUCGGGCUGCUGCCCAUAGGAAUUCCCCCAGCCUACUGGCGACUGUCAAAAAUAGAUGAUAAAUUUUUAAGUGAAGCGUGCAUUAGAUAAAAAUAUAAGCAAAACUGGCUACCAGCGACAAACUGUCCACUUUUUUCGUGGCCAUGGACGAUGAGGAGGAGGAGGAGGUCACGGAUCUGAAGCUGCAAUUGUUCCACAAUACAGUACGCGAGCACAUUAUAUUCCUGCUACUGAUCAUCUUGCUGUACUUCAGCUCGUAUGUGGUUGUCUCACGUUUUCGGAGGCGCGAUCGUGACGAUCUCUAUUCGAAUGACGAGGACGAGGUGCUGGUCUAUCGCAUAAGCUUUUGGCUUUGCACAUUCACACUGGCCGUGGCCGAAGGGGCUGCCAUGCUGCUGCCCGUUUCCAUCGCCAGCAACGAGGUGCUGCUCUUGUACCCCAACAGCUACUAUGUGAAGUGGCUCAACAGCUCACUUAUACAGGGCCUGUGGAACCACGUAUUUCUGUUCUCCAAUCUAUCGUUGUUCAUCUUCCUGCCGUUCGUCUAUUUGUUCUCGGAAUCCACGGGAUUCGUGGGUCACAAAAAGGGCAUUCUGCCGCGUGUCUACGAAACCUUUACAGUAUUCAUGCUGAUGGCCAUUAUUGUCCUGGUACUAACUGCCGUCCUAAGUGCAGUCUUUGGCAUUGAAAAGUUUCAAUUCUUUUGGUUUCUAAAUUUAGGCAGUGUUCACCUGCCGUUCCUUUAUUCGUGUGUCUCUUUUCUGGGCGUGAUGCUUAUGCUGAUUUGCACCCCCUAUGGCUUUGUGCGUCUGUUUGGCGUUGUCAACCAGGUGCUGGUGCGCCCCUUGCUGCUGCGCGACGUCAACGAGGAGUUCAGCGCCUUCUACAUGGAGGAGGCGAGUGUGAAGCGCAAGUUGGCCCACAUCGAGCUGCACAAUGUGAGCAUAUCGGAUGCCGCCGCCAACGGAGGUCGCCUGGGCAACGGGAUUGGACUGGGAGUGGGAUUGGGACGUGGACGCAGCUUCUUUCCCCAGCCACUGCUGCAGGCACAUCUCUACCAGCGUAAGCCGAUGGCCAGCGAUGUGGGCGAGCUCAACGAAAGACUGAGAGAACUGGACUCCGAGCGCAAGGAACUGGACAAGCUGCGCAAGUCGAGCACCUUCCAGCGCACCUUCGUCUACCCGCUGGCCAUGCUGCUGCUGCUCUUCUGCACGGGCGUCACCAUUCUGCUGGUGGUGCAGAACACGCUGGAGCUACUGAUAGGCAUCAAGGCGCUGCCACUUAGCACGAGGCAAUUUACGCUAGGCAUUUCAUCGCUCUCCAAACUGGGACCCUUUGGCGCCGGCCUGGAGGUGUGUCUCAUCUUCUACCUGGGCGCCACCUCGGUGGUGGGCUUCUACAGCAUGCCCUUCAUGCGGAAUGUGUGCCCCAAGCGGCGGCAGACAUCGCUGCCACAGCUGAUGCUGAACUGCGGGUUCAUGCUGGUUUUGUCCUCGGCGUUGCCGCUGCUUAGCAGGAUUAUAGGCAUCACUAACUUUGACCUGCUGGGCGACUUUGGGGCCAUCGAAUGGCUGGGCAACUUCCAGAUUGUGCUGCUCUACAAUCUGGUCUUUGGGACCACCACUGCCCUGUGCCUGGCCAACAAGUUCACGGCCACGGUGCGCCGCGAGCUGAGAGCCCGGUUAGUGGAGAACUAUGUGCUCUUUACUAACUACAUGAGCUUCAUCAACUGAUAUUGGCGCAAGCGACACGACAACGCGUUCUUUGUCCACCGCCACCUGGUGAGACGUCUUGUCGAGUCGCCGCUGAAGAGCCUGAGCCUAACUAGUUUCUAUACCAAGUAUCGUAAUCUUAGUCGUCGUAAGAGCAGUCGCAAUACCACCGCUAGUCGCAAGGCAAACGAAAUGAACUGUUGAGAAAUAAGCAAGACAUGGGAAGAUGGAAGGCAGCUGAAGCUAUAUAAUAUACCUUUACAUAUGUUAUAUGAUCACGCGUAGUUGUGCAGAACUGAUACUAAUAUUUAAAUGUUGCGCUGUUCACUGUUGUGCUUAAUUGUUGUACUUUAUACAGAGUCCUCGAGAGGGGUACCCGCAUAUCACCACGCAGCCAGUUGAUGUACCAAGAUUAAUGUAUUCGCCAAUAUAUAUCGUGUAAAUAGAUAAAGUUAUUGUGCAACAUAAGCCGCAGUCAGCCGUUGCAGUAGAAGUAGGCUUAAAAUUCGUGUAAUUCACUCAAUCUCUUGUCGUUUAGAGUCAAGUGUUGAAUUCGAUUUCGCAUACAUGUUUUUCGCUGUUCAUCUACGUAUUUGAGUUUUAUAUAUAAGAUUUUAACAAUGUUCCUUAAGCAGCGCAUCGACUGAGGCGCCUUCAUUUCAUUUUAUGCAUACUCAACUCUGUAACCCAAUAUUCACACAAUCACACACUUACAAGCGUCUACAACUUAUGUGAUAAAAUAUAAUAAACAACGCAUUUUACUAAUUUAAUCGA